UAUAUGCUUCCUCUAGGUAAUAUUAUUAGGAAACACUCAAUUAACUAUCACUGUUACGCAGACGAUACCCAAUUAUAUCUGUCAAUUAAGCCAGAUGAAAGUGGUCAGUUAGCAAGACUUCAGACGUGUAUUGAGGAUAUAAAAUCCUGGAUGACCCACAAUUUCCUGAUGUUAAACUCAGACAAAACUGAAGUUAUUGUGAUAGGACCAACGCACCGCCGAACUUCGUUUUCGAAAGAUAUAGUUACUCUGGAUGGUAUUACCCUGGCCUCCAGCACUGCUGUCAGAAAUUUAGGAGUUAUUUUUGAUCAGGAUAUAUCCUUCAACGCCCACUUAAAACAAACCUUAAGAAUAGCCUUUUUCCAUCUUCGUAACAUUGCCAAAAUUAGGAAUAUCCUGUCUCAAAACGAUGUUGAAAAACUAGUCCAUGCAUUUGUUACUUCUAGACUAGAUUACUGCAAUUCCUUAUUAUCAGGUUGCCCAAAUAAGUCCAUUAAGACUCUCCAACUGAUCCAGAAUGCUGCAGCACGUGUUCUGACGAGAACUAAGAGAAGAGAUCAUAUUUCUCCUGUAUUAGCUUCUCUGCAUUGGCUUCCAGUGAAAUAUAGAAUCGAAUUUAAAAUCCUCCUCCUGACUUACAAAGCUCUAAAUGGUCAAGCGUCAUCAUACUUAGAAGAGCUCAUAGUACCUUAUUGUCCCACUAGAGCACUGCGCUCCCAGAAUUCGGGGCUACUUAUGGUUCCUAGAGUCUCUGGAAGUAGACUGGGGGCCAGGGCCUUCAGCUAUCAGGCUCCAGUAUUGUGGAACCAGCUCCCAGUCUGGGUUCGAGGAGCAGACACCGUCACCACAUUUAAGAGUAAACUGAAAACUCUCCUCUUUGAUAAAGCUUAUAGUUAA